AGCAAAAAAUAAAGCCUAAAAAGUACCUUGGAAUUUAUUGAAACGUGUUAACGUAGUGCUUCUCAAUUUCAUUUUGACCGUGUGAGAAAGUUUAUUUAUUUCUCUAUCUUUCUCGCUGAAUGUGAUGUUAGUAUAGUUACCGCAUUCUGGAUGAUGAAAAUAUAUCUAAAGAGCUGUACAUUCUAGACAUUCUGCUAGAAUUACAAAACUAAUAUACAUUUUAACAUUUGUAAUUUUGGGAGUUUUUUAUUAGAUCAGUGAAAACUGAUACAGGGCCUCUAAAGCAGCUUUUUUUAGUUCUUUUAAGUGUGCAGUUGGAUAUUUUAUUUCCUAAUUCACGUUCAAACUGUGGCUACAAGUGUUGGAGUCUCUCUGGCUGUUGCCGUGGAGAGGGCUUUCACACUUGGUCCUAUCUACAGACCUGGCAGGAAGUACAUGUGCAGUGAACAUCAUCGCUUUCUCAUAAGGCUAAAUGUAGUGACAGGGUCGAGCAAUCAACCGUGGGUUUUUACCUCCAACUCUUAUACUGUCCAACCAACAGGAACAAACAUUUUUUUCCACCAUGAACACAGCCGAACAUUGUGAAUUUACCACCCCAGAGGAAAACAAGAUGGACAUUUGCAGUGAUGUUGCAGAUGUGAAGCUGCAGGAGGAGGAAGAAGAGAGGGAGGAUAACUCAUUCAGUGAGAAUGGAAUGCAGUGUGCUGAAGGUGUGACAGAUCCACGCAUAAUAAAGACCGAGGCAGAGGAGAUAGAGGACAAUGAGCAGUACCCCAAGGCAGAAAAAGAAGGGGACAUAGUGCCAAAAGAGGAAGCAGAGGGGGCUAGUGAGGAUGGAAUGGAGGAAGGAUUUGACGAUCAGAGGACGGAGGAGGACGAUGACGAGGAGAGGGACGCGGAGGGGGAUGAAGAGGGAGAUACCCUGAAUGAACCACAGGACCUCUCACUGGUGGACUACUCCCGUUACGACAGCGCGGCCCUGGCGGACACCCAUGCGGCAGCGGCGGCAGCUGGCACUGAAGGGACCUAUGUGCCUGGAACCGUGGCCCCCCGCAUCCAGGCUUCAGGCAAGCUCAACUGUGACAUCUGUGGCCUGUCCUGCGUCAGCAUCAACGUACUGUUGGUGCACAAGCGCAGCCACACGGGUGAGAGGCCGUUCCACUGCACUCAGUGCGGGGCCUCCUUCACCCAGAAGGGAAACCUGCUUCGCCACAUCAAACUACACUCCGGGGAGAAGCCUUUCAAAUGCCCGAUGUGCAGCUAUGCGUGCCGUCGACGCGACGCCCUGAGUGGGCACCUGCGCACCCAUUCUGUAGAGAAGCCCUUCAAAUGCAACCACUGCAGUCGCAGCUACAAGCAGCGCAGUUCCCUCGAAGAGCACAGAGAGAGGUGCCAUGUGUACAUUCACAGCAAAGGUCCCGCUGAGAGAGCAGAGGACAGCCAGACGUCCAGGACUCAGAUGGGCACUGAGCGCGCUCUGCUGCUCGACAGGCUUGCCAGCAACGUGGCCAAACGGAAGAGCUCAAUGCCACAGAAGUUCACCGGCGACAACGGUGUCUGCCUGGACCUGAGCUUUAACAGGGAGCUGGUUCACCGAACUGACAUCAAGGACCCUCGGCCAGGCUCCCCAGGGCACGACACCCACAAUCAGCCCGUUCUCACAGGGCCUGACAACGACCCAGCUCCUUCACACAGGCCCUACCCCAUCCCAUUAAGCCGUAGUGACGCGAGCCCCAUGGGCCUCACCAAUGGCCACAAGAUGGGCAUGCCACUCCUGGGCCUCCCUCAUACGACCCAGCCACCGCUCAGCAUGGACUCAUUCCACGCUGACGGCUCCCCGAUCUCCCAGCCCGUUGUGUACAGCUUAGGACACCUGCUGGGAGGGCUAAACCACCAGAACGGUCUCCCUCACCCACAUGCCCAGCCCAUACCUUUGUCGCCACUGGAGGCUUUACGGGUUGUGCGGGCCGACGGGGAGGGUGGGGCACUGCCCGGGGCGGUGUACCCUUGUGGCCACUGCAGGGUGAUUUUUCUGGACUAUGUCAUGUUCACCAUCCACAUGGGGUGCCACGGCUUCCGUGACCCGCUUGAGUGCAACGUGUGUGGCCACCGCAGUCGGGACCGUUAUGAGUUCUCUUCCCACAUAGCCCGUGGCGAGCACCGCCUAGAACUGAAGUAGCUUUCAUUCAUGCAGACUUUCAUGCUUACACACACACACACACACGUUCAGACAGAUAACACUGUAUGAGCACACAGACAGAUUUACUCAUUUAAGUAGCUGGUAGUAUCAGAAAUGAAAGCAUGAAGUAGCAGCUAUUGCUCUCUGUCUUCUGUGUGUGUAUGAGAGAGAGAGAGAGGGAGAGAGAGACAAGCAUUGAGAGAGACGUUAAGACGUUAAGAGUGUGACGGAUGUCAGAGUGUUCUUAGUCAUACUGUACUCAUCUGAAAAGAUGGUCUGUAAAAUGUUUAUGAGGGAGUAAUUCAGUAACAUUUGUACUUAAUGAUCCCUAUCACUGUUUAUAUCAAAUGCCACCUAUACAUUCAUAUGUUCAACAGAGUAGCAAAAAUGAAAGCAUUUACUGUGUAUCUGCUGUUGGUUUUUCCUGUUUUCUGUGUGAAGUUGUGAAAAUAAAAGAAAACAUCAUUUUUUCUUUAUUAUA